GCUUGGGCACAGGAAGAUGGAGGCGGCCAAGGCGACGCUGCUGCUGCUGGUUUCAGUUCUGAGGGUCCUGGAGGCGGCUUCCCCGGAUUCCCUGCGAGAGGAGCUGCUGCUCAGCCCGCUUCCCUCCGGGGAUCUGGCCGCCACCUUCCAGUUCCGGACUCGCUGGGACUCGGACCUGCAGCGCGAGGGCGUUUCUCAUUACCGGUUGUUCCCCAAAGCCCUGGGACAGCUCAUUUCCAAAUAUUCUGUGCGUGAGUUGCACCUCUCUCUCACUCAAGGCUUCUGGCGUACGCGGAGCUGGGGGCAGCCUUACUUGCAGGCUCCUGCUGGGGCUGAGCUCUGGGUCUGGUUUCAAGACUCUGUCACUGAUGUUGACAAAGCUUGGAAAGACCUUAGUAAUAUCCUCUCAGGGAUAUUCUGUGCCUCCUUGAACUUCAUUGAUUCCACCAACACUGUUACUCCAACAGCAUCCUUCAAACCCUUGGGACUGGCAAAUGUGACAGAUCAUCGAUUCCUACGGUAUGCUGUGCUGCCCCGUGAAGUUGUUUGCACUGAGAACCUCACCCCCUGGAAAAAAUUGCUGCCAUGCAGCUCCAAGGCUGGCCUGGCAGUUCUGUUGAAGGCUGAGCGCUUGUUUCACAGCAGCUAUCACUCCCAGGCUGUACACAUCCGACCCAUUUGCAGGGAUGCCUCUUGCCUCACUGUGUCAUGGGAACUCAGACAAACUCUCACUGUUGUCUUUGAUUCUUUUGCUAGUGGCCAUGGAAAGAAAGAUUGGUCCCUCUUUAAGAUUUUCUCUCGUACACUUACUGAAGCAUGUCCUCUGGCAUCUCAAAGCAAAGUUUAUGUUGACAUUUCCAGUAGAGGCCAGGAGAAAGAACUUAUGGAGGUUUCCCCAGCUCCUUUGUCUGUACAUGAAGCAUCUGUCCAAGGAGAGAGGAGGACCUAUGCAGUCUAUGACCUUCUGAAUCCCUUACUCUUCAAUGGUUCUCGCAGCCUCAAUGUGCACUUAAAAUGGAAACGACCUCAAGAUGGUUUGGAUCUGCCAGCACCUGUGCUCCACGCUCAACGCUAUGUGAGUGGCUAUGGCCUUCAGACAGGAGAAAUCAGCACCCUUGUCUAUAACACACACCCAUACCGAGCUUUCCCUGUUUUGCUGCUGGAGACAGUGCCCUGGUAUCUGAGGCUCUACAUCCACACGCUGACCAUUAUCACAAAAGGAAAGGAAAAUAAGCCAAGUUAUAUCCACUAUCAGCCUGCUAAAGAUCGGCAGCGGCCCCAUCUUCUGGAGAUGUUGAUCCAGCUGCCAGCAAAUUCUGUCACAAAGAUCACCAUCCAGUUUGAGAGAGCCUUGCUGAAGUGGACAGAAUACACUCCUGACCCCAACCAUGGCUUUUAUGUAAGUUCAUCUGUCCUGAGUUCCCUGGUGCCAAGUGUCAUUGCAAUGAAAGAAGAAGAGGAAGAGCUAAGUCCACUCUUUGCUUCACUGUUUCCUUCCUCUGAGGGCUCAAGCUACUUUGUGCGUCUGUACACGGAACCGCUGCUAGUAAACCUGCCAACACCAGACUUCAGUAUGCCAUACAAUGUCAUCUGCCUGACUUGCACUGUGGUAGCUGUAUGUUAUGGCUCCUUCUAUAACUUGCUGACCAGAACCUUCCAAGUGGAAGAACCUAACAGAGGAGGCCUAGCCAAGCGACUGGCAAACAUCAUCCGUAAAAUUAGAGGUGUCCCACCUCUCUGAGGGCAGCUGGUGAUGGCACUUUUUGAAGUUUUGGGAACUCUAUAAGCCAGGAAUUGCAGUAACAAAGCUGUGCGAGGACUAAACAAGAUACUGGGCACACUAGUUCCUUCAUACCUAAGAGAUCCACCAUUUUCCCUGGUUUAUGGCAGGCAUACACAAAUACUGGUCUUUGGACUAUAUUUAUUUACAAAAUUGUAAGGAGAAAAGAUUGUUCUUUUAAGAGGUAACUUUAAUGGCCUGUUGAAAGUCAUGGGAAAUAAGAUUCACCUAUGCCUGGACUUCUGUACCCUUGGGCUUAAUGAACUGAAGCCACUUCUCUUCUCUAGCCAACCUGGAUUUGUUUCCCCGUACAACCACUGACACUAUGUUGCUCAUAUAGCUUUAGCUGUCAUGUGAAAAAUAUUGCUAACUAUUCAAUUUGUGGGGAGU